AAAAAUUUACUCAUUUUCACAGAUUGGUUGAAUUACUACUGUCAAAGCUAUGAUGAUGUUUAUUAAUCUGCCUUACAUUUAUUCUGGGCAUGACUUGGUUUUGCCAAAAGGCAAAAGCUGUUUUACUCUGCUGACACCAUUGGCUGGCUGAGGGCUCCUGGAGCAUGGAGAGCUUCCCCAGGAGAUUCCUGUUGCUGUCCAGUACGGCUCUUGCUUUAACCACCAGCCUGACAACACCCCUGCAGAUUCACGUCACUGUGGGAUGAGCCUCCGGUCUUGGAAGGCCUCUCACAAAGUUGCUUACCCCAGAAAAACAUCUCAUCCUGCACAUUAUGGUUUUGUUUUUCUUAAUUUUCCUGCUUGACAGUAAUUCAUACAGACAGGAAAAAAAAGACAGUGAGGUUUGGGGUUUUUUUGUCGGGUGUUUUGUUUUUUGUCAGGAAAAAAAUUAACUAGACUUAAGGUUGAGAAGGAUUUCAGUAUUGUUUUACUAUGAAACCAUCUUUUCAAGCCCACAGCCAGCCUUCUGGGAGGAAAAAAAACCCAAACCCCAUCCCAAUGUGAUGCUGGUCUGCCACUCUAGACUCUUAGCUGCAUGUAGAAAUAGCUUCAAGCAGCAUUAACAGGGUCGAGAGCAGCAAUGUGACUGUUUCACUGCAGUCUUAUGAUAAGUGAAACUUGUUAUCUGGAUGCCUCUCAUUCUUUGGCACUUCCAAUCCCACUUGGGCUUUGAAGACAAACAUGAAAUCAUGAGGCGUGGACGGUCUCUCCCACCCCGUGUCCACUUGAUCCCUAGUCUGAAUAGCCUUCUGUCUGCAAUAGCAGAGAUUUUUUUAGUAGUGGAUAUUACUGUUUGCAGUUCAGACUCUGUGUGCAGAAGUCUAUCUAGUAAAUCCUGCUUUGGAGUUUGCUACAUUAAAAAAAAAACACAAACCAAGCCCCUGACCUUCCUAUCUCACUUAUGGAUUACAGUAAUCAUGGAGGACUCGAGCCAUAGCUGCAGUCGCUUGCUGGGUUAUUGCAGGUGUUGGCACCUCGGUGAGGGAGAAAUUUUGGCAGAGGAGAGGCAAAAGCUCCAGUACUGCAGACAAAUCUUUUGCAACCCCAUGAGAGAGAAGAAAGGAGCACAGCCUGGCUCCAGGGUCAUUGGGGAAUUGCUGUAAAAAAAAAAAAAAGCAUUUGAGACCCAAAUGGCCUCGCCUUUUGUUGGGUGCAUUUGUAGCUGUAAGAAACAGGGAGACCUGUUGAAUGGUGUAAUCAGAGGGGAGAAAGGAACCCAUCUGUAGCCCGUCGGGGCUCAAAUCUCAGUUCUUGGAAUAAAAAUCCUGUUCUCAGAAUAAAAGGCCUCUCUUGGAAAGUGCAAAGUUACUUUUUUCUCUUCUCUUUCACUGGCUUUCAUGGCCAAUGCCUUCAGUUCCAUGCUACAUCAAGCCUUGAAACCUCGAUUCCUCACCGUGUAUUUUGCUAGUUUCGUGUAGCUUUUAAAUAGAAUAAACUUGUAACGUCUGUUUAUGCCUUCUAAUUAGGGAAGAAGCAUGACCAAGAUGAACUGCAUCCUGCUAACUGCCUGCAUUGUUCUGGUGGCUUUUUGUAGCUGUGGUUAUACCCUAAGGUGUUACCACUGUGAGAACAGCCCUUCCUUGUGCAAGACCAAUAGCACUUGCUUAGCAACUGAAGAUACUUGCCUGCAGAUGAAAUUUGGGAAAUUGAGAACGUCCUCCUGCUGGAAGUCAUCCCAGUGCAGUGUAAAUGAUAUUGCUGAAUUCUUCCAGUUGGAUAAUUUUGAUUUCUUUUGCUGCCAACAUGACUUGUGCAAUGAGAGCACAAUUACUGGGGUCAGCAAAGCAGCCUUCAGUAUUGCCUCUGUAAUGACCAUGUUAUGGAUGCUUCUGUAAUAAUCCUGAUUUGUAUGCCGUACUUUCAGGCUGAAAUUACACAAACCCAUUAACUCUCUUUCUGAAUUGUACUUCUUGCAUUUUCAGUUCCUAACUGUGGGCUGGAACAUUACCUUUUAAUUUUAAAUUCUGUCUCCUAAGGUUCUAUCUGUUAAAUCACUGUCUCUGUUCAGGGGAAGGAGAUGUGGUAUUUUGGCCUGCCAUAUUCAUGGGGAAAAUAACUUGUUAUGAAGUAGUGUUAUCUUGUGGAGAUCCUGGGCAAACUUCAGUGGGUGGGUGAUGUGAAAGGAAAGGAAUACUACAGGUUUUAUGAUAAAAACCCUAUGAUUUCUUACCAUCCCAUAGAUUGUAAUUAAUUUUGAUUGGGAUUUCUGGUUUGGUUUUUAUUUUUUGGAUGCUACCUUGUCAUACACCAAGCAGUGGAUUUGCCCUCAACACAAGAAGUCUUGGAUCAUAAGUAUAAACUUGCUGCAGUGUCAGUAAUGAGUAUGGAAAUACCUAGUUUUAAGGGAUGUAUGCUCUGUUCCCAUCACUGUAACAUUUUUUUUUUCCUUUAUAUAAACAAAUAACAACCUUGUAAGUACUGUUAUUUUGGGAGAAGGCAUCUACAUUUCUUAAACCAAAACAAUGCUAUAAGUGAGAAACACUUCUUCCCUCUUUUUUAUAUCUCUGUGAGCAUGCAGAUAACACGUGCUAGGUUGGUUUUUUUUUUUCCUUAUGCUCUAUCAUUUCUAGGAUUCUAACUAAGCAUGUGCUUUGCACCGAGUAUUUAUUAGUAUAUGAAGAUUGUUUCUAAAAUGCUAAGGAAUUGCAGUGGCACAUCUAGUUUAUUUUCCCACAUAGUUAGCCUUUGUUUUUUCGGUGGGAACAGUGACAUGUAAACUUAAGCCUUCAAGCUUCCACCUAAGCGUAUUAAACAAAACCUUGCAGGACUUUAUAUUUUGACUUUUAUGCAACUCUAUAAAUAUCAAUAGAAAAUAUACGUGUAUUUAUAUAGCAUGAAUAAAACCCUCUCGGUUUGUCUCUGCAAGAGGUCUGAAGCUGAAAUAUUCUGUACGUUGCUCUGCCUCGGUGGUGGAGACAGACCUCGGUACUUUGCUGGUACUUAGGGACCCUCUCAGUCAGGUAUGAUGUCAAGUUCUCCUUUUUCUCUCUGGAGCUCUUGGCAUGUCCCUGCAAGAGCCAUGGUCCCUUGCCAAUGGUAAAUCCUCUUUCUGAGGACCCUCGCUUGCGCUAUGCAGGGUGCCAGCGACACCAGUUCACCCAGUCAUAACAAGGGCGUUACUCCAAAUCCGUGAUGUAUUCUGCAAUGUAUCUUUUGAUUAAGCUUAUCUUAGCUAUGAAAGCAUCCUGGGAUCUCUCUGAUCACUCAAAAUAUGGAAGUCGUCCUGUCUUUGAUUAAU